AUGUCGAUUUCACAUGCCAGCGAAGAAGAUGCUGAAAAGCUGAAGACUGACAUUGCAUCCCUUGUUCGUGUGCAAGAUCGUCUGAAGAAGGUCUCGGACGCAACAAAGCUUCCUUCGAUAUUAUCUGCACUUCUUCCACGACUUCUUGGGCGGCUCGAGGAAUACUCCAUUCAAACUCCUAGUCAUCGAGAUUCAGAGAUAUUGAAAUUGAAAACUCAGGCGAUGGAAAAAACUAGUGAAAUUUUGACAGAGGCAACUCAACGUAUGAAAAAGGAUUCUGAGGUGGAAGUGAAAGAUGUGAUUAAAUCUAUUCUUAAUUUUGUCCACACGAAGAGUCCAUUGGCGGGUACUUGGGCGCUUUCAAUUCUGUCGGUCGGUAUGCAGAGGAAGAAUCCUUCAGAAUCUAUUCCAUCUCAAACAAUGGCACAUCUGAUAUAUACGGUUGACGCUAUGCAUACUGAAGCGACAGAUCGUUUGUCUCCUGUGUAUCCGAACAGGUAUUUUACUGCAAGUUGGAUGCUACUGGAUUGUCUUGUUCUUUCAGCAACUGUCAGGCCGCUCGUCUCUUGGCAUAUGGAAGAUCACGAUUGGUACAUCCGCUAUGAAAGGCACAUAUCCCAGUGUGAUGUUUCACGGGACCACAAAGAUGCGAUUACUGCCGCUAGUACAAAUGGGAAUGGAUUGUUCCAUUUAUUGCUGGAUCUAUUGCUGCUCCCAUUAUCCACACCGAUGCAAAUAAGGCUAUAUAUGUCGCAAAUUAGUUGCAUGAGAAUGGAGCAUCGACACAAGCCAACUCGUUCUCGUAGCAGUAAGACCUGGUACCAGGAGGCAAAACGACCAAUAUGGAGCAAUGUGGCUGUGUCAUAUCUUUGCCAUGUAAAGUUGAUAGCUCUUCGCUGCGCAAGCUGGCCGCUGAAUGAGGGUUUGUUUGAGGCGACCAACAGAGAAUGCGCGGUCGUCUUGAAUGUACUUGCCGCAUCAAAGGAAACCAUGCACGGGCGGGUUGCUUUGGAUUUUCUUGGAAAGUUAGGGGGCAAAUAUUCAUUGGAUACGAUGCUGUCGCUACUAGUUUUACUUGUGGGAGAUGAGAAUGCUCUUCAGUUGCAGAAGGAUAUUGGCGACUCCUCAAGUGCAUCUUGGGAACGUAUUCUGGGGCACACUCCAGACAGCGCAUUGAUGCAACGACCACCACUACCCAUGCACGUCGGAGAGGGUGUAAUGCAAUUCCUGACUGAAAACGAGUUACAGGAAGAAGAUGUAUCUUCGGAUCGAAGAGAGAGUAUCACGUUGACGAUUGACAUGUGUUUAGCGUGGACAAGUACAAACGAGGAAGGUCAAGGUACCAGCCUCUCGCCUAUUCAAAUGAAGCAAAAAUGGAUCUAUUCUAUUCGCUUGGUAAAAUCAAUAUACCAGAAACUUGUUGCGGCAGAUCUUAUCAGCGAGAAAAACCCAGACGCAUGGGCCAGUGAUCUUAUUCAAAAGUCCCUGAAGAUGUGUUUUGGAGUGCUUUCAUUGGUAUUGGAAGCUGGCCAAUCCAAUGUUGAGAAGUUGAGGAAACGUACUCGUCCUGUGCCUGGAGCGCCAGCCCCUUUUGGUCGUCGAGCUGACUUAAAUGAUCUACUGAAUGAUCAUCGGGAAGGGCAAAAGCGUCGGCAACUUUCUUCAGACGACGCAGUAGCGUCACGAGAAGCAGCGUACGAGCUCAUAUCGUUGCUAUCAGGUCAUGCAGUAGAGUGGAGCGAGAACUUCUUCCAAUUACCGUCGCUACUGUUGGGCUGUGCAAUCCAUGAAGAAGAGAUCCUUCAACAAUCAGUCACAGAUGCGCUUGUUCAUCUUCUGUCAGCCUAUAUCAAGGCACUCUCUUCUGACUGGAGACAGCUUCUGGGUGCAAAGACUAUCAAAGAUUCGAAGCAAUUAGCCACCCCACUUCUUCCGAUACUUCUUGAUGCAAUAUGUGCAGACUCAUUGAAUGCAAGACGCAAUGCAAAAGAAUGGGUUGAGAUGAUCCUUCAGAUCCUAGAUUCCGAGGCUGCAUCGUUUCUGUCAUUGUGCGUAACCUACAUCGAAAGCGGAGCGAGUGCUCCGAGUGUCACUGAAGUGUUGAACCAACUGCAUGGCUUUGUUCUACCAUCAGAAAUUGGGUACACAAACUUGAAUGAUAACAGAGGAAUGAAGCCUAUUCAAUCCACGAUCCAUUCAGACGUCAUGGAUUUAAUAUCAAAAUACCAGAUGCCAUACCAUGCUGCACAGUGCAUUCUUUCUGAUCACAGUUUUUCUCUUGUCGAAGCGAAAGCCAGCUGUCAGUCGGACCUCAAGACGCUUCUUGAGCCAUUUAAGACCUCGGGAAUGGACGAAAACAUUUCUUAUGCUCAAGACGAUGUCACUUUGUGUGGGAUUUGUUACGAUGAAGUACCGUCAGAUGAAUCUUAUUCCUUGAAGUGUUGCCACGCUUUUUGCAAAUCUUGCUGGUGUUUCUUCGUUGAUGAAGCGGGAGAUAAUAGCCCUUCUGGCCUACUUAGUCUGACAUGCCCCCAGCACGAGUGCACUGCUAGGGUCACAUCCAGAGAUCUUGAAGUUAUCGAUGCUUCGUAUUGCAAUACAUUCGAAACCUCGACUGUACACGCAUUUGUACAGUCCAAGCCGACGCAUCGAUUCUGCCCAGGCCCUGAUUAUCAUGUGUGUAACCAAUACAUCGAGAGCGGUGAUUCCAACGACGACCUACAAAGAGGUUUGUUCCUCGCCAAGCGGUAUGAAGCUCACGAAGAUGCACAAUUGUUCACCAAAGACCAAAAACAGAACCUCGAAAAUAGGCCAUUGAAUCAAAUUGAAGAAGAGUACUUUGAAACUCUACAAACCGGACUUGAGGUCGUCAUGGAGGCGAGAAUCUUUCUCAAGCACAGCUACAUGGCAACUUUUGGAUUGAGAGGCAACCAAACUAAACUGACGGAGCUCGAGUCUCAUCAGGGUGCAUUGGAAGUGCUCACCGAGAAACUAAAUCAGUUAACAGAGAUGAAUGUACAUCGAAUCUACAGAGAACAGGGCAAACAGUCUCUGACGAUGCACUUCCAACGAUUGUCAUUUUACCUGUUCUCAGUAUGCACGUACAUGACGCGGAUUCUUGAUCUUGAUUUGGAAACCGACUAA